CCAUGCUGCUACUUACUUACUUAAGAUGACGUUCUAAUUCAAAAUGCAAUUUAUGUAUUCAGAUAUAAUUAGGAAACAUUUUGUCUGAAAAAGGAUGAUUUGAUAUGCGUGGAAAAAUAAAGAUGGUAAUUUUUCAAGAUACGUUGUGCUAAAUUGCGUGAUCAUGCUUUCCACUUUGCCACCUUCAAGCUACUACGGUCUUCCUGGUCACCUACGCAUUAUCGUAAAAGUUCUAGUGUUUUCAUCUACGACUUUUGGAAUCAUUACAUAUAUAUAUAUACCCACUCUGUUACCCGGCACGAUCUUAGUAACUUAUAAAAGUGGAUGGAAGUUUGAAAAUGAAGGGCACGUAAUUAUACGCAAGUUUUUCACGCUGACCAUGCAUGAAUAUGUAACUGCAUUGCUAUUCCUGACUUCUUUGUCUGUCAUUUCGUCCAGUGGGCCUGUCCGAGUGACUGAUCUAAGAGUACCAACAACAGCUAUCCUUGGAGAUUCUGUUACCCUGAUUUGCAUAUACGAUUUGGGCACUGAAGACCUUUAUGUGGUGAAAUGGUACAAGGAUGAUUUGGAAUUCUACAGAUACGAACCGAAAGAUGAUAAUCAAUCAGUUUAUUUUCCUCAACCUGGGAUCGAUAUUGACUUAGCUCGUUCUGGAAGUAACACUGUUUUCUUGCGCAGUGUGGAGCUGGAUUCUGCUGGCGCCUACAAAUGCCAAGUUUCGACAGAUGCACCCAGCUACAGCUGUGUUCAAGCCGUGAAACAGAUGAAUGUUGUCAUUUUGCCGACAGAUGGGCCAACCAUUACUGGCAUAAAAGGUACAUAUCAGUAUGGAGAUAAUGUAACUCUGAAAUGCAUAUCAGCUAAGUCAAAACCUGCUGCCAAGUUAAAUUGGCUUGUGAAUGGAAUUCAGUUAAAAGAAGAUGAUGUGUUAGAUCGACGGUUAACAAUUUUGAGUGAUAACUUGGAAAUAUCUUCGAUUUUUCUCAGACUGAAUUUAACAAGAAAGCUCUUCAGAAAGAGAAAAGUAAUUAUAGAAUGCAAAGCUUCUUUGUUCGGAGUACAACCUGUGAUUCAAAAAGAAGUUGCAGUACUAGAAAUCAAUAAUGCAUUCUGCUACAGUCAUAACCAUUUAGCGAUAACGGUAGCCACUAUAACAGUUUUGUGGUCAUACCUGAGGUUUUCAAAUUUUUUCCCACCUUGAGAUUCAAGCUAAUUAUGAAGAUUUAUGUUAAAGGAAAAUGAUUACAGUUCCAGGAAAUGGAAAAACUGUCAAAACCUCUCUUGAUUAUUCUCAUCAUACUGUGAACAUCGUUAAUAAAUAAAUGUAAUGAUGAUUUAAAAAAAUAGAAUGUUUUAUGAUGUACAAUCAAAAACCCUGUAUGAAAACAUUUUGUUCAAUCUGUAAAGUAAACUGAACAUAAUGAUUGUUUAAUUAAUCGAUUAUGAGACAAUUAAUGCUUCCCGAUAAUGCAUUGAAUGCAAUGCAACAUUGUCAUUUUUAGCCAUUUAUAAAAAGAGUUCUGUAAAAAUGUGAAUAAAUAAAUAAACUUGCUAAAUUUAUUUUAGGUAUGAUAAGCUUAUCCUAAAAAGUUUGAACUAAAAUAUUUUCUCUCGAAUUAUAUUUCUAUGACAUCUUUUCUAGAAUUUCAUUCUUUGAUAUGCACAGAUCAAAGCGAAUUUCUACAGCACUUCUUGAAUAGUCUCGAUCAAGGCAAAACGUUUUUUGUAUGUUAUAACAUAAUGCACUUUCCUCUAGCAUAUUCGCUAUAAUAUUAGUGUAACUCUUCUAUGCAAAAAUCUUAAUUCUAAAUAUAAUGCGUUGGCAAAGGUAGAAAGCAAAUUUUUCAGUUGUGUUCUGUGUCGGAAUUUUAACUUAGUCGCUCAAAGAAGUGAAACUAUUCAAUUUCAGUGUUGGAAAACUUUUAAUCGGAACAGUUCAAUUCGAGUAUGUGACUGAAAUGACAUUACUAGCAGUACCUUAAUAUUAUCUUUUGUUUUUGUGACUGGCUAUAGAAUAUAUUUUCGAAAAUCCUCAAGAUAAGAAGAGAUUAUAGAAGGAAUAUUACCUUCUGAUUUGCCACUUGAUAACUUUAAGAAACUGUAAGUGUCUAACGAAACGAAUAAGAUAACUUUCCAUACUCCAUUUUUCAAUAAUACAAAAUGUGAAAGAUACAGAAUGAAAAAAAAAAUGAAUGUAUUUGUUAUGAACCACGUGUACAGUUCUAAUAAAUGUACUGAAA